AUGGCCGAAAAUGCAAGUAUGAAGUGUGUGCCGCCUACGAGGACUUCUGUCGGAGAAGUGCCAACGAGAAAACUAUGCGGCUCAACAAAUGUUGGAGACUGGGGAGGUGAUAUGACUGCUUUCUGA